GACGAAGUAUAGAGGGAACGUUUGAAUUUCGACUUUUAUGCGCAGACGAGGAGUCAGUGGCGUUGUAAAACAUCUCAACAUGAUCAGGCAAGCGAAGGGCAAGACCCCCCGCCGCCCUCCCCCGAAAAAGCCAUCCAACACCCAGAAGGACCCUGUUGGAGUGUAUUGUCGCGUGCGACCUCUGGGUGCAGAAGAUGAGGAAUGCUGUAUUGAGGUUAUAAGCAACACCACAAUUCAGUUGCAUGCGCCUGAUGGGCUCAAAGCCAACAGGAAUGGUGAAUUCAAAGAGACCCAAUACUCUUUUAAAAAAGUGUUUGGAAUCAAGACAACACAGCGAGAGUUAUUUGAAGAUGUUGCCAAACCUCUUGUGGAGGACCUUAUUUACUGUAAAAAUGGUCUGUUGUUCACCUAUGGUGUCACUGGUAGUGGUAAAACACAUACAAUGACUGGUUCUCCGGGUCAGGGCGGGCUGCUUCCACGUUCACUCGACAUGAUCUUCAACAGCAUCGGUCCCUACCAGGCCAAGAGAUAUGUUUUCAAGCCUGAUGAUAAAAAUGGCAUGGAAGUCCAAAAUCAAGUGGAUGCACUCCUGGACCGACAGAAGCGAGACAGUCAGACAACUGUACCCAAGACCCCAACCACAAGGCGAAUAGACCCAGAGUUUGCUGACAUGAUCAGCCCAGCAGAGGCUUUUAAGGCUGAUGGAGUGGAUGAGGAUAGCAGCUACAGUGUCUUUGUCUCUUACAUUGAAAUCUACAACAAUUACAUCUAUGAUCUCCUGGAAGAGACUCCCUUUGACCCAAUAAAGCCUAAGUGGAAUGGUGCAGGCACACCUCUGCGAAACAACACUGAGUUCAUACCACCACAAUCCAAACUACUGCGUGAAGAUCAAAAUCACAACAUGUAUGUGGCAGGGUGCACUGAGGUGGAAGUAAAGUCAACUGAGGAAGCUUUUGAAGUCUUUUGGAGAGGUCAAAAGAAACGGAGGAUCGCUAACACGCAGUUGAACCGCGAGUCCAGCCGCUCUCACAGUGUGUUCAUUAUUAAACUGACACAAGCACCUCUGGAUGCAGAUGGAGACAAUGUGCUACAGGAUAAGAAUCAGGUGAAUGUGAGUCAGCUGUGUCUAGUGGAUCUGGCUGGCAGUGAACGCACCAGCAGAACCCGGGCAGAGGGCAGCCGUCUUCGUGAAGCAGGCAACAUCAAUCAAUCUUUAAUGACUCUGCGCACAUGUAUCGAAGUUCUGAGAGAGAACCAGAUGUGUGGCACGAACAAGAUGGUUCCAUACAGAGAUUCUAAAGUAACCCAUCUAUUUAAAAACUACUUUGACGGGGAGGGCAAAGUGAGAAUGGUAGUCUGUGUCAAUCCAAAAGCUGAUGAUUAUGAAGAGACCCUGCUGGUGAUGCGCUUCGCUGAGAUGACUCAGGAGGUGGAGGUCGCCCGGCCUGUUGACAGACCCAUUUGUGGCUUUGCUGCAGGCCGCCGACAAAGGAACCAGGCCUUUAAAGAGGAGCUGACCCGGAGGCUAGAAGAUCGUGGUGGCCCUGUCACUGGAGAGUCUCCAACAGUAUUAAGUCAGCUCCUGCAGUCCUUUCCAUCUCUGCCUGCCUCUGAAAUCGCCGGUCCUAAUGAUGAUGUUACUCUACCCAGACUCAUAGAAGCCUUGGAGAAGAGGCAUAAGAUUCGCCAGAUGAUGGUUGAGGAGUACAAUAAAACUGCCAACAUGCUCAAAUCCAUGCUUCAAGAACAGGAUGGUAAUUUUGUCGCCAAGGAGAACUUCAUCAGCGAGCAACGUGGCCGACUUGGCGAAAAAGACAAAAUGAUCCAGAACCAGAAUAACGAGAUUGAUCGUCUGGAAAAGAAAUCGAAAAUGCUGGAAUACAAGAUUGACAUCCUACAGAAAACCUCCAACAUCCAUGAGGAGGACAAGCGAAGUCUACAGCAUGAACUGGAUAGCAGAGAACAGCGGCUGCAGAGGGAAUUGUCUGAUAAGAGACGCAUGGAAUCACGCAUGCAGGGCAUUGUCUCCGACACAAAGCUGAAGUGGGAGAAGGAGUGUGAGAGACGGGUAAAUGCCAAGCAGCUGGAGAUGCAAAACAAGCUCUGGGUGAAGGAUGAGAAAUUGAAGCAGCUCAAGGCCAUCGUAACCGAGGGGAAAUCAGAGAACCGACAGCCACAACGGCCCUCGAGAGAAAAGGACAAAGUGCCCCCCAAGAGAUCCGUCUCCCCAUCGCCGGUUCCCACUGUGCCGCCAGUUCGGCCUCUACACAGACGCUCGCACUCCGCAGGUGGGGAGAGGUGGGUAGAUCACAAACCCACCACUAAUGUGGACCUGGAUACAGUCAUGCAGCCGAACCUCCCUAACGCCAUCAAAGUGACGGCUCCAAGUGAGAAAGCUCUCUCCAAGUGUGACAAGUAUGUUCUGACUCACCAGGAAGUGGCUUCAGAUGGGGAGAUUCAGACCAAGCUAAUCAAAGGUGAGGUGUUCAAAACUAGAGGCGGAGGACAGUCUGUUCAAUUCACGGAUAUUGAAACCCUGAAGCAAGAAAAUCCUGCUUCAGCCAGCCGUAAGAGGCGUUCAUCAGAGUCUGGCCCUUCACAUGAGGGUGAGCGUAAGGAUGGUGACUGGACCGAUGUGGAGACGAGGUGCUCUGUGGCUGUUGAGAUGAGAGCUGGCUCAAAUCUGGGACCUGGAUACCAGCACCAUGGAUAUCCAAAACGCAGGAAGCCUUAAGAUUGCCUUCGCAUUGCCAUCACAGACGAGUCCUUUUUUUUAUUGAAGCCUCUCAUCACUGUGUGCAAUAGCAAAUUCACUUUAUAAUAUUUAACUUUUUAAAAUGCGUUUUAUAUGUAAAAAAAUACUUUCUUUUAUCAUUUCCACAAGUUCACCAAAGCUGUUUAUGUACUGCAUUUUCUACUUAGUGUUUUUGUGUAAAAUUCAGGUCUUUUGGGUGGGCUUUAAAGCAACGUGUGUUGCAAAUGUUUUAUUUUCUAGCUGUCACUUAAGCACAUCAAGCAUUUGUGUGUUUAAAAUGUGAACUUUUUUGUACUCCACUUUGCAUUUGGGCAGUUAGGUCAAUCAAAGCAUUUGCUAUUUUAAAAAAAAAUCUUUUAGGGAAUGUAGUCAUUUUUAUGACUUUCAGUACAAGUAGGCAGCACCUUGGAGAUGCACCCUUUACAUUGUAUUUCUCACAUGUAUUAUAUUGCUGCAGACAAACUGUUAAUAAACAGCAUUUGA